AUGGUGCCAUUCGUGGCUGUAAGAGCAGAAGAAUUCGGCAUUUUCGUAGGCAAAACAGUUCUUCUAGCCUCUUGCUACUUCUUGAUAUUAAGCCACGGUAGGUUUACGGGAGCCAUACAGCCGGACCGUCUUGUGAACUUGUUUGCCGGAGCAUUUUGGGAGGAACAGGAUCCUGGAAGGGAUCACUGGCGCAGGCGUCCUGCAUUGCGGAUCAUUUUUAUCAUCGGUGAACCCAUAUCGAUGCUCAAUCAGGAAGGAAGCCUCGAGGUAGAAGCCUUUGAAUGA